AUUUGAUAUAUAAAAAAAAAAGUCAGCACGGUUUGUGACUUGUGAAUUGGUUUUCUUUUGGUUGCAAAAUAUUGGAAAAUGGCUGUCACGGAGACUUUUUUCUUAUCGCAUGGAUCGCCGUUGAUGGCAAUAGACGAGAGCAUACCGGCAAGGCAUUUCUUCCAAUCCUGGCGGCACGAUACAUAUAAAGACAGGCCAAAGGCCAUUCUAAUCAUUUCCGGCCACUGGGAUACCCGUGAGCCCGCCGUUAACGUCGUUGACCUCAACGACACCAUCUACGACUUCUAUGGCUUCCCCGACGCCAUGUAUAAGCUCAAGUAUACGCCGCCUGGAGCUCCGGAGUUGGCGAAGAGGGUGAAACAAGUGCUCAUGGCAUCUGGGUUUAAGCGUGUUGAUGAGGAUAAAAAACGGGGGCUUGACCAUGGUGCAUGGGUUCCGCUGAUGUUCAUGUAUCCGGAGGCUGAUAUCCCAGUUUGCCAGCUCUCUAUUCAGUCGGAUAAAGAUGGCACCUACCAUUAUAACAUGGGCAGGGCGUUAGCCCCUCUCAAGGAGGAAGGCAUUCUCAUAAUUGGUUCUGGAUCCACCACUCACAACUUGAGGGCCAUUAAACCCAGUGGCUCUUCCUCUCCUCCUUGGGCAUUAGAGUUUGAUUCCUGGCUUAAAGAUGCUCUUCUUCAAGGAAGAUACAACGAUGUGAAUGACUUUUAUGUGAAGGCACCGCACGCAAAAAUGGCUCAUCCUUGGCCAGACCACUUUUACCCAUUGCAUGUGGCCAUGGGUGCUGCAGGCGAAAAUGCCAAGGCCAAGCUUGUGCACCACAGCUGGAGCAAUGAUUUUCCUACUAAAGAUUUGACUGCCAAUCAGUGGGGGUAUUCCCUCUCAUAUUUCUCAACUUUACCUGCGUGAAGAAAAUAUUUUCAGUGGCCAUAUCCCUCAUGUCAUAUGAUCUCACGGGCUGGAUUCCUCCAUCGAUAACUUGGAGAGCCUAUUACAUAUCUGAAGACAAGUUUCCAGGAUCUCUUACCUUAAACAGUUGGAUCGUGGAUCAUUCUAACAGAUAUGGUGUCAUCAAAAUAAUGAUCUCACCAGUAAAAUUCCUAUUUCUGCAGGAAGCUUGACAACCUAUCAAUACUUUGCUUAUGUUGAAAUAAGCUAAAGGGUUUCAUUAGGAGUUGGUUUGGUGAGAAAUCUUACCAGACCAAUACAGGUUGUCACAUAAUCAUGAUGGGUACAAUCCCCAUCUCAAUUCCUAGUGGUCUUUCUAUUUCAAUUUUGUGUCAAGGUCUUCAAUCAAUGCUUCACUUUCAUUUUUCUGAUGCUUCUGGAAACAUGCUUCCUUUAAGAGCUGAAAAUGAUGAGAGAAGUAGAAAGUUUUUGCUAGAUGAAUUAAUGGAGCGAGAAUUGUCUAUAGAAAUGGGUAGAACAACUAUGCAGAAUUACAUGUAUACUACAAUAAGUUUGAAAGCAAAGCCUAAGAAGCAAUUAGGUAUCGUUUAAGGCUAACUAAAGGCUCACUUUUGUUUAUUUCCUGCCUUGCAAGUAACAUAUAUGUACCUUAUCUAUGAAGCCCAUGUAUGUUCCUUUGUGCUAUGCUUGGCUUUGCAUUAUUAUAGUUUCUGAGAUUAA